AUGGGUUUUACAGAUGACCUGAGAUUCUCACUCCAUAAUAAUGACUGUGACAGAAUGUUAAAGAAAUGCAUCACAUUGAAUAAUGUGAGAGAGGGUAAGCGAAUACAUGCUCAUUUGAUCAAAACUGGACUUGGAUUAUGUAUAUUUCUCGUAAACCGUCUAGUGGAAAUGUACGCCAAGUGUGACAAUCUACUGGAUGCUCGCAAUGUGUUUGACAGAAUGCCAAUGCGGAAUGUAUUUUCAUGGAACACCAUGAUAGCAGGAUAUUUCAAAUGGGGUAGCAUAGACCAUGCACGCCAAUUGUUUGAAAACAUGCCUGAAAGAGAUGACGUUUCAUGGAAUACCAUGAUUACAGGCUAUGAUAGGAAUGGAUACUCUCAGGAGGCUCUGGAGUGUUAUUGGGAAAUGAUGGCAGAAGGAAUUGUACCGUCCGCCAUAACCUUUUCUAGUGUUUUAAGUUCUUGUGCUAAGUUGCCCGCUCCCAAACAAGGCAAGCAGGUCCAUGCUCAUAUAAUCGGAGUUAAAUGCCAGUCAGAUAUGAUUGUGGGGGUAGGCCUUGUUGAUAUGUAUGCUAAAGGCGGAUGCAUAGAGGAUGCACGCCUAGUGUUUGACAGAAUGACUGAACGUAAUGUGGUCUCGUGGAAUGCUAUGAUUACAGGUUAUGGUGAGAAUGGGCUUGGUGAGGAGGCUCUAAUGUUUUUUUAUGAGAUGCAACAACUAGGAAUGAAACCUGACCAAGUAACAAUCAUCAUCAUCCUCACUGCUUGUUUCAAAAGCGGGAAGGUGCAGGAUGCUUGUAAUGUGUUUGAUGAAAUACCUGAAAGGAAUGUGAGCUCAUGGAAUGCAAUGAUUGCAGGCUAUGUGCAGAAUGGUGACAGUGAGCAGGCCAUGCAGUUGUUUUUACAAAUGUUACAAGAUGUUAGACCAGACGAAACCACAUUUGCGAGUGUUGUAACAGCCUGUGCUAGUCUUGCAGCUUUACAACAGGGUAAGCAGGUCCAUGGACUUGUAACUAGAAGUGGAUUGGAAUCUAGCGUGUUUGUUGGCAGUGCCCUUGUUGAUGUGUAUUCCAAAUGUGGAAGUACAGAACAUGCACAACAAGUGUUUGACAAUUUGCUAGAGAGAAAUCUGGUGUGCUGGAAUACAAUGAUUACAGGAUAUGCUCAAAAUGGACAAGGACAACUUGCUAUUCAGUUGUUUGAAGAAAUGCUAAAGACUGGCAUAGUGCCAAACCAUGUUACAUAUGUUAGUGUUCUAUCUGCUUGUAGUCAUACUGGUUUAUUGGAUGAGGGUUUGAGGUAUUUCAAUUUAAUGAGUGAAAAACACCGCAUUUUACCCCGUGCAUCUCACUAUACAUGCAUGAUUGACCUUCUUGGUAGAGCUGGGAGGCUGGAUGAAGCAGAGAAACUUGUGAAGAAUGCUCCAUUUGAUUCAAAUGCUGCCAUGUGGCUUGCAUUGCUUAGUGCCUGUAGACUUCACGGGAAUUUGGAGUUGGCUGAACGUGCAAGUAAGUGCCUAUUUGAAAUGGAGCCUCAAAUCUCUGGACCAUAUGUACUGAUGUCAAACAUCUAUGCUGCAGCAGGCAGAUGGGUUGGUGUAGCAAACAUCAGAAAAUUGAUGAGAGACAGAGGUGUUAAAAAAGAGCCUGGAUGCAGCUGGAUAGAGAUCAAGAACACAAUUCAUAAUUUUUUGGACUGA